UACUACAUGUAGGGAACACACAGCCCACACAACGUUAGUAGCCAGCUACAUUGUUACAAUCCUUCCAUUUCCUGCAACAUUCCCUUUUUAUGUUGUCUGAGAGGAAACGUUAGUUUGUUUCACCGCCUCGGAUAAUAUAUUAGCCUGUCUUCUGUCUGGACACGGUAAGACGCGUUAUUUUAUUAUCGAUACGUUUACAUUUUCCACCGAAUGUGAGCAGCUUAGUCAGGGGCUACUAUCCACAUUAUAUGGUGAUAAGAAGGGCCAACAUCUAUUUUAUUUGGUGACCAAUUAAGCUAUAUGAAAUAACGCAGCUGUAUUGGUUUACUAGGGCGUUUUGUCCGCUAUUAAAACGGUUAAACACCUGCUCUGACGGUAGAAAAUGAAGAUUUGACUUUACAAGAAUAAUAGAGUCGCGUUUCUUUCCCUGGCAGGGAGAGCGACUCCCGGACACAGUCGUUUCCUUGGCUACUCCAAGCCUUCCAGUCGGCUAUCUAUGUUUCACCUGUAGCCCACGACCGUGUAGACUGCUCCCUUUUCUUAUUUCUGUCACAUUACUGAGAGGUAGAGCCAUUACUGAGAGGUAGACCUGCUCCAUGGAAAAGUAGACGGCGAAAAGCGACACCAGGGAGUGAAAGUCGUGACGUCUCACAAAGCAAGGAGCAGAUAUGAAGACGGUCCGUGGCCAGGUACGGUCGGGUCGGUUAACCGGGACAGGGAUGGGAGGGUGCUGAAAGACCAUGCUGCUGUUUUGGAAUCCUCGGCUUGGGAGCAAAAACCACCUAACAACAUGACUGGGUUCAACCAGCAAAAUGUUGAGGAUUAUUAUGAGAUGGGAGAUGAGCUGGGCAGUGGUCAGUUUGCGGUGGUAAAGAAAUGUCGUGAGCGUAGCUCUGGCCUGGAGUAUGCCGCUAAGUUCAUCCGUAGGCGACGGAGCAAGUCGAGCCGGCGUGGCGUGACCCGGGAAGACAUCGAGAGGGAGGUCAGCAUUCUGAAGGAGAUUCAACACCCUAACACCAUCACGCUGCACGACGUGUUCGAGAACAAGACUGAUGUCAUCCUCAUACUAGAACUGGUGGCUGGUGGAGAACUGUUUAAUUUGCUAGCAGAGAAGGAGUCCUUAACAGAGGAGGAAGCUACAGAGUUCCUCAAACAGAUUCUGGACGGAGUCCACUACCUGCACUCCAAACACAUUGCACACUUUGACCUCAAGCCAGAGAACAUUAUGUUACUGAACAGAGCUGUGGCCCAUCCUCGCAUCAAGCUCAUCGACUUCGGUCUGGCACACAAGAUCGAUUUUGGCAAUGAUUUCAAAAACAUCUUUGGCACCCCGGAAUUUGUAGCUCCAGAGGUAGUCAACUAUGAACCGCUCGGCCUGGAGGCAGACAUGUGGAGUGUUGGAGUGAUCACCUAUAUUCUGUUGAGUGGUGCAUCGCCGUUCUUGGGGGAGAAUAAGCAGGAGACUUUAGCUAACGUGUCGGCGGUGGACUACACCUUCGAUGAAGAGUUCUUUAGCAGCACCAGCCUCCUGGCCAAAGACUUUAUCACCAGGCUGCUUAUCAAAGACCCAAAAAAGAGAAUGACCAUCCAGGACAGUCUGCUUCAUCCCUGGAUCAAGCCAAAAGACUCCCAGCAGGCUCUCAGCAGGAAGGAGUCUGCUGUCAACAUGGAGAAGUUUAAGAAGUUUGCUGCUCGGAGGAAAUGGAAGCAAUCGGUGCGCCUCAUCUCGUUGUGUAACCGUCUCUCUCGCUCCUUCCUGUCUAGAAGCAACAUCAGUGUGGCUCGCAGUGAUGACACGCUGGAUGAGGAAGACUCCUUUGUGAUGAAGGCUAUAAUCCAUGCGAUAAACGACAACAACGUACCUGGCCUGCAGCACCUUCUGACUUCACUGACCAGCUAUGACCUUAACCAGCCCAACAAGAACGGGACUCCCCCCCUCCUGAUUGCAGCAGGCUGUGGGAACAUUCAGAUCAUUAAUGUGCUGAUGGAGAAAGGAGCUGAGAUACAGGCCCACGACAAGAGUGGAGCGAACGCCAUCUACUACGCAGGAAGACACGGCCACGUGGAGACCCUCAGGUUCCUGCAUGAAAAGACCUGCCCUCUGGACGUCCAAGAUAAGAGUGGAGAGACAGCCCUCCACGUGGCAGCUCGCUAUGGCAAUGUGGAUGUGGUCCAAUACCUGUGUAGUAUCCAUGCCAACCCAGACCUUUCAGACAGGGAGCAGGAAACCCCACUCCACUGUGCGUCGUGGCAUGGCUACUUCUCGGUGGCCAGGACACUAUGCCAGGCGGGGUGCCAGGUUAAUGCCAAGAACAGGGAUGGAGAGAGCCCCCUCCUCACUGCCUCUGCCAGGGGGUUCGCUGAUAUAGUAGAGUGUCUGAUAGAACAUGGCGCUGACCUCAACUCUACUGACAAGGACAGCCACAUAGCGCUCCACCUGGCUGUGAGGAGGUGCCAACUGGAGGUGGUCAGAUGUCUGCUCCGUCACCGUUGCCCCGUCGACCAUCAAGAUCGCCACGGCAACACGCCGCUGCACAUCGCCUGUAAGGACGGCAACCUGCCCGUUGUCACGACACUGUGUGCUGCCAAGGCAACCCUUGACCUGCCCAACAAGUAUGGCAGGACACCUCUCCACAUGGCAGCUAUCAACGACCUUCUAGAGGUAGUCAGACACCUGUGUGUAGCUGGGGCCAAUACAGACGCCGUCACCAAUGAUGGUAAAACAGCAGAAGAUGUGGCAGUGCAGGAGCAGCAGGAGCAUGUUGCUGUGCUCCUGGGUAAACUGAAGAAGAACAGCCAUAAAGCCAGCUACAUCCAGGCCCUGCGUCCCACCAGCACCCCCCAGCCCCGGGUCAAGCUGAAGCUGCUGGGCCACUGUGGCUGUGGGAAGAGCUCCCUCCUGGAGAGUCUGAAGUGUGGCAUCCUAAGGGGCUUCUUCAGGAGGAGACGACCACGGGGCAACAACACCGCACGACAUCCCAACUCACCCAUGGACGGCAAGGCUGCAGUGUCAGUGAGUAUCUCCAAUCUGUAUCCUGGCUGUGAGAACGUCUGUGUGCGUAGUCGCAGUAUGAUGUUUGAGCCCAGCCUGACCAAGGGAGUCCUGGAAGUGUUCAGCCCCGUCACCAACGCACUCUCCUCAGCCGACGACCUCGCCACCAGAGCCAUCGACAUCCAGAACACUAACAUCAAUGGUGUAGGAGACUUCAGUGUUUGGGAGUUCAGCGGUAACCCUGUGUACUACUGUUUUUACGACUACUUUGCUGCCAACGACCCUACAGCCAUCCACCUGGUGCUGUUCAGUCUGGAGGAGCCCUACGAGACUCAGCUCAGCCAGGCUACAUACUGGCUCAACAUGUUGAAGGCCUUAACACUACCACAGGAUACUAUAGCGUUUGGAGGUCGCAUCCAUAGCCCGCUGACGGUGGUCCUUGUGGGGACUCAUGCUGACGUGGCUUGCCUGCCUCGGGGGGCUGGAGGGGAGUUUGGAUACGACAAGGAGAGGCCUCUACUCAAGGAGCUCCGGAACAGGUUUGGCAACGACCUGCAGAUCUCAGAGAGGCUGUUUGUGAUGGACGCUGGAGCCUCCACCUCUAAAGAUGUCAAACUGCUACGGAACCACCUACUGGAACUACGCAAUAACAUAGUCUCUACCUGUAGUCCCAUGUCGGCCCUUUCAGAGUGUCUGGUCUCGACCCUGCCCUCCUGGAGGAAAAUGAGUGGUCCUAACCAGCUGACGUCAUGGCAACAGUUUGUCUCUGACGUCCAGGAACACAUCAACCCACUGGUCAGCGAGGAGCACCUCCGAGGGGUCGCACAGCAGCUCCACAGCAUGGGAGAGAUCAACCUGAUGCAGAGCGAGACGGUGCAGGAUGUGAUGGUAUUGGAGCCCCGCUGGCUGUGUAGUGGGGUGUUAGCCCGUCUCCUCUCUGUGGACACGCCUAAAGCUAUCCACCACUACAGGGGGCGCUACAGGCUGGAGGAGAUACAGGCUCUGGCCCCAGAGAGCGACGUGGACGAACUGCUACAGGUGCUGGAUGCCAUGGACGUGUGCGCACGUGACCUGACCAACCCUGGCAUGGUGGAUGUCCCCGCCCUGAUCAAGACCAACAGCCUUCACCACUCCUGGACAGAGGAAGAGGAGGAGGACAAUGUUCUGAUCUACGGAGGGGUCAGGCUAGUUCCUGCUGAACACCUCACACCUUUCCCCUGUGGACUGUUCCACAAGCUACAGGUGAACCUGUGUCGCUGGAGUCACCAGCAGCGCCCUGAGGACGACACAGGGGAGGGGCCUGACGGUGACAUCCGCCUCUGGACCAAUGGGGCAAAGGUGAGCCAAGGCGGAGCGGAGGCCAUGAUCCUAUUGGUCAACCACGGCCAAGGGGUGGAGAUCCAGGUCAGAGGUCACGACAGCGAACGGGCCAAGUGUUACACCCUCCUGGACACCAUGGUUACCAUCACAGAGUCGCUCCUGUCCUCCACCCUCCCUGGCCUCCUCACCGCCCGGUAUUACCUCAGCCCCCAGCAGCUCAGAGAGCAUCACGGUCCCGUCAUGAUCUACCAGCCUAAAGACUUCCUGAAGGCCCAGACCCAGAGAGAGACCAGCCUCACCAACACCAUGGGUGGUUACAGGGAAAGCUUCAGCAGUAUCCUAGCCUUGGGCUGUACUGAAGUCUAUAGUCAGGGUAGUCUGUGUGCAGAUGUCCACAUCUCAGAGGUCAGCCUGCUGGCCAGGAGGAAGCUGUGUCGUCUGUUAGACCCUCCUGAUGCGCUGGGGAAGGACUGGUGUCUGCUGGCUAUGAACCUGGGUCUCACCUACCUGGUGGCCAAACACAGCUCCACCCCUAACGGCACCCCAACCAAUGGGGGCCCUGCCCCAGACAAUGACCCCGCCCUCCUGGCCAGCCCCACGGCAGCGCUGCUCCGGGAUUGGUCAGUCCGUCCAGACAGCACGGUGGGGUUGUUGAUGUGGAAGCUGCGUGAGCUGGGGAGGCGUGACGCGGCUGACUUCCUGUUAAAGACCUCACCUGUCUUCAGGGUCAACAUAGAGGGUGUGGCUAGGGGAGGGGGCAGAGCCUGUAACGGAGGCACCUCCUACAACUCCAUCAGCUCAGUCAUCUCCCGAUGAGACGGUCACUGGGAACCAAGCAGAACCAAGCGGGUAGAGGAACAGAGGGACAUACCUGAAUUGGGUUUUCUUUUUCCGUCGCAAAACAUUUUGCUUCAGUGUGCACUAUUGAAUACACACCAUGUCCUGGAUCAGAACAGCUUCCGCUCAUCCUGAUCUGGCCCACCAGGGGAGAAGACUAUAAACUGAUCCUAGAUCAGAGUCCUGACUGGGGAAACGUCCCCAGAGUGAGGCUGGGCUAACUAGGGCUGACCAACCAACCAACACCAUGUGCAAUCUAAUCUUUCCACAGGGUUUAGUGUUAGUUCUCUCCUGUUAACCCCUAGGUCACUGAUGCUCUGUGAGACUGAUGCUCUGUGCACAUCCAGUGUCCAUAUAGCUUCCCUCCUCUCCCUUCUCCUCCUCCUCUCCUCUCUCCUCUUCCUACUCUUCUCUCUCAUCCUCCUCCUCUCCUCUCUCUUCUCCUCCUCUCCUCUCUCCUCUUCCUACUCUUCUCUCUCCUCCUCCUCUCCUCUCC